UCGAGGACUGGGAGUGUUUCCGCGCCAUCCUGGAUCACACCUACAGCAAGCACGUCAAGUCCGAGCCGAACCUGCACCCGGUGCUCAUGUCCGAGGCCCCGUGGAACACGCGGGCCAAGCGGGAGAAGCUGACAGAGCUGAUGUUCGAGCAGUACAACAUUCCUGCCUUCUUCUUAUGCAAGACGGCCGUGCUCACCGCCUUUGCCAACGGGCGCUCCACGGGCCUCGUGCUGGACAGCGGGGCCACCCACACCACGGCCAUUCCGGUGCACGACGGCUAUGUCCUGCAGCAAGGCAUCGUCAAGUCACCCCUGGCAGGGGACUUCAUCUCCAUGCAGUGCCGGGAGCUCUUUCAGGAGAUGGCCAUUGACAUCAUUCCACCCUACAUGAUCGCAGCCAAGGAGCCUGUUCGGGAGGGUGCCCCCCCCAACUGGAAGAAGAAGGAGAAGCUCCCCCAGGUCUCCAAGUCCUGGCAUAACUACAUGUGCAACGAGGUGAUCCAGGACUUCCAGGCCUCGGUGCUGCAGGUCUCAGACUGCCCCUAUGAUGAGCAGGUGGCGGCGCAAAUGCCCACCGUGCAUUACGAGAUGCCCAACGGCUACAACACAGACUACGGCGCGGAGCGGCUCCGCAUUCCCGAGGGCCUGUUUGAUCCCUCGAACGUCAAGGGCUUGUCAGGGAACACCAUGCUGGGCGUGGGCCACGUGGUGACCACCAGCAUCGGCAUGUGUGACAUCGACAUUCGCCCGGGCCUGUACGGCAGUGUCAUUGUCACCGGCGGGAACACGCUGCUGCAGGGCUUCACCGACAGGCUCAAUCGAGAGCUUUCCCAGAAGACCCCGCCGAGCAUGCGGCUGAAGCUCAUUGCCAGCAAUAGCACCAUGGAGCGCAAGUUCAGCCCUUGGAUUGGAGGCUCCAUCUUGGCCUCACUGGGCACUUUCCAGCAGAUGUGGAUCUCCAAGCAGGAGUACGAGGAGGGCGGGAAGCAGUGUGUGGAGCGGAAGUGCCCCUGAGGACGCCCCUCCCCCACACCCGCGUGUCCGGGGUAGGGGGUGGGGCAGCUGGUGUGUCCCCGGCCCGGCCUCGCGGCCUCCCGGCCUCCCGUGCCCACGUCGCCCCCUCCUCUUUCCUUCUCGCCCUCUUCCAUGGCGAUGUGUCUGGGCCGGAAGAAGUAAAAGCGUUUUAAGAAAAAA